AUGUCCGAACUAUGGUACGAACAGCCUGCAAGCGAUUGGAACUCCGCGCUACCAGUCGGAAAUGGGCGCUUAGGCGCCAUGGUGUAUGGACGGACCGACACCGAAAUGUUGCAACUCAACGAAGAUUCGGUAUGGUACGGAGGCCCUCAAGAUCGUAACCCGCUUAACGCGUUGGAGCAUCUCCCACGUCUAAGAGAGGCUAUUCGCGCAGGAAAUCAUGCCGAGGCCGAAAAGAUAGCCAAGCUGGCAUUCUUUGCCAACCCGAUCAGCCAGCGAAACUACGAACCGCUGGGAAAUAUUUUCUUGGACUUUGAUCACGACUUUGAGCAGGUUACGAACUAUCGUCGGUCACUGGAUUUAGAACACGCCGUCUCGCAUGUCAGAUAUGAAUACCAGGGUGUUUUCCAUGAAAGAGAAACCCUGGCUAGUUUCCCCGAUGAUGUGCUUGCAAUUCGAAUGCGUUCAUCAGCUAGGGCGGAGUAUGUCAUCCGAUUGACACGUAUGAGCGACUUGGAGUUUGAAACGAAUGAAUGGCUAGACGAUAUCUGUGCUACCAACGACUCAAUCACUAUGCAUGUUACUCCUGGUGGCAAGGACAGCAACCGAGUGUGUUGUAUAGUUUCCCUUCGCUGCGAAGACAAAGAGAGCACAGUAACAAGGAUCGGAAACAAUCUUAUAGUGAAUUCGUGCGAUACCCUGCUCCUGAUCGCGGCACAAACGACGUUUCGCCAUAAAGAAGUGGAUCAGCAGACCCAGCAGAAUAUCAAGGAUGCCAUGGGUUUUUCUUCGGCUGAUCUGGUGACCCGACAUAUUGCAGACUAUCAAUCACUGUACAAUAGAAUGGAACUACGACUUGAUACCGAUUCUCCUGAAAUCCCAACCGACAAACGUCUGCAAUCAUGUCGAGACCCAGGUCUCAUCGCCCUUUAUCACAACUACAGCCGCUACCUUUUGAUAUCUAGCAGUCGAAAUAGAUACAAACCAUUACCAGCAAACCUACAAGGGAUCUGGAAUCCCUCUUUUCAUCCAGCGUGGGGCUCUAGGUUUACCAUCAAUAUCAAUCUCCAAAUGAACUACUGGCCUUCAAACAUGUGCAAUCUCUCAGAAUGUGAACUGCCUCUCUUCGACUUGCUGGAACGCAUGGCCGAACUCGGAAAAGACACGGCUCGAAUCAUGUAUGGAUGUCGAGGCUGGACAGCCCAUUCCAACACCGAUAUCUGGGCUGAUACAGCGCCAGUCGAUCGCUGGAUGCCGGCCAGUAUCUGGCCGCUGGGUGGUGCAUGGCUUUGUUACCACAUCUGGGAGCAUUACCAGUUUACUCGCGAUGAAGCUUUCCUUCGUCGCAUGCAUCCGGUCUUGCGUGGCUGCGUCGAAUUUCUCCUUGACUUCUUGGUCGAAGAUUCCAAGGGUGAAUACCUUACCACCAGCCCGUCUGUCUCGCCCGAGAAUUCAUUUUACGACCACGAGGGACAAAAGGGAGUGUUGUGUGAGGGAUCGACAAUCGAUAUUCAAAUUAUUGAUGCUAUUUUAAGCGCAUUCGAGUCCUGCACAGAGACACUCAGUUUUGAGGACACUCUUCUUUCGGCGGUACAAAAUGCCAGAAAACGCCUCCCACCAAUGCAGAUCUCUACUGGGGGAUAUCUACAAGAAUGGGCCAGCGAUUAUGCCGAGGUGGAGCCUGGACACCGUCACACUUCACAUCUGUGGGCACUUCAUCCCGGAAAUGCCAUCACGCCAACGCAAACCCCCGAACUUGCGGAUGCAUGUGGAGUAGUGCUGCGUCGGCGCGCAGAGCAUGGCGGUGGCCAUACUGGCUGGAGUCGUGCUUGGUUGAUCAACUUGCAUGCACGCCUACUGGAAACCGAGGAAUGUAGCAAGCAUCUAGAUUUGCUUCUGGCUCGGUCGACCUUACCCAACCUCUUAGAUAGCCACCCUCCAUUCCAGAUCGAUGGUAAUUUUGGAGGCGGGGCGGGCAUUAUUGAAAUGCUGGUCCAAUCCCAACCUGGUGUGAUUCGCCUUCUUCCUGCGUGUCCGAGGGACUGGACGGGAUCUAUUCGGGGUGUGCGGGCACGCGGCGGGUUUGUACUGCAGUUUAGCUGGGAAAAUGGGCGUGUUAUUGGUGUUAUUACUGUGAAGUCCGAGUGUGGAGAGAAGACUGUCAUCGAUUUCGGUGAGAAUGGGUCGGUAGAGAUUACAGGCCGUGGGGAGCAUAGAGUCAAAGCUCCAUAG